GACGUGGUCUUUGUGAUUGAUUCGUCGAGCAGUAUCUGGGAAUACGACUUCAAAACUCAUGUAUUACCUUUCGUUCGUGACGUCACUUCAAUGUUCGAUGUCGGUCCUAAUCCAACCCAGUCUAGAGUUGGCGUUGUCACAUUUGGAGAUAAUUACUACUUACGAUUUCAUCUGAAUCGUCACAUGGAUAAAAAUUAUUUAAUGAAAAGAAUAAUGACCAUCGGGCAAACUGGUGGAAAUACAAAUACGGCUGGAGCUCUUAAUUACGUCACGGAUAGGAUGUUUGUGGAAAAAAAUGGAAUGAGGCCGGAUGUUGAUCAUAUUGUUAUUAUUCUGACUGAUGGUGAAUCCAUGAGCUACCAGAAAACCAAAGAAGCAGCUUCACGGGCACAUAAAAAGGGUCUUCAAGUUUUUGCUAUUGGUGUAGGUGAUGCUGUAGACGAUGUUGAACUGUCAGACAUUGCUAGUGACCCAGAUUCACAGUUUAAAUUCCACGCAACUGACUUUGAAGCUUUACAAAGAAUAAAAGAAGAACUAGCUAUAAAGACCUGUGAA